CUUCAAUUCCUGAUAUGACAUCCUUACCUACCCUCGUCUUUGUGCCGGGCGCAUGGCACAGCCCAGAAUCCUACCGCCGAGUGAUUGACCAACUCGAAGCUGUGGGCUACGAAUCCGAUCUCGUCCACCUUCCCUCCGUGGGCCCCGCGCAACACUUCCCAGACUUUGCAGCCGAUGUUGCCCACAUCAGAGGUCAUAUCCAGCGUUUGGUCGAGGCCGGCAAGAAGGUCUUUCUCGUGGUUCAUUCCUACGGGGGGAUACCAUCCAGCGAAGCGGUCAAGGGGCUUGACUGGGAUACUCGACAGAGAAACGGCCAAGCAGGUGGUGUGGUCCAUCUCUUCUACUGCUGCUCGUUUAUUGUACCAGAAGGAGAAUCCCUGAUCGCUGCCUUUGGAGGGAACGACUUGCCCUGGUUCAAUGUUUCCGAAGACCGCCUCGAGGUUAACCCUGACCGACCGGAUGAAGUCUUCUACAACGACAUGUCGGAUGAAGAUGUUCAAAGUGCUGUUAGUGCGUUGAGGCCUCACAGUUACCAGACGUACCACAGUCCCUGCACGUAUGCUGCCUGGAAGGACAUCCCCACUACCUAUCUCUAUUGUGCUCAGGAUGCUGCGAUUCCUCUGAAGGUGCAGAGAAUGAUGGUGGAGGAAUUGGCGGCGGGAUACCCCAUUCGCACGGAGUUUACCGACGCCUCUCACAGCCCAUUCUACUCAACGCCGACCGAGGUAGCAUUGGCUAUCAGGAGGGCAGCGGGUGAAGAGGUCUGAUGCAAGGGUACCUGAUGAUGCCAAGGUGGAUGAUGCAUAUAUGUGUCGACACUGGUAAUUUGUGGGUCAUUUACACACCUCAGAUAUCGCUGCUAGACAUGCUAUAGGAACUCUAAGAGUGUCGAUUUGACCAAUCCUUAAACCACGUUCGGUACACCAUGGAAGAAACUAACCAGUUCUGAGUGAGCAG